AUGAGCUGGCAUGGGGGCUUCGUGUCCUCUGGGCUAGUUGCCCUGCUUGCCAUUUUGACAUCUCGGUGCCUCUUCAAAGGGCACGGCAGCUUCGCUUCCGUCUAUGUCCCCAAGCAGCAAGGACUCUUUGGAAACACCUCUUUGCUUGAAAUCGUUGAUGCAGCUAGGGCAAAGCCCGGGCAGAAGCAAAAGUGCAGCGACGCACGACCCCGGGUGGUUGUGACUAUGUCUACGUUUGAGGGGAGACUUGGUAAUCUCAAGAUGGCACUGCAGUCGCUGGCAGUUCAAAGCUGCACCCCCGAUGCCAUUUACGUCUUCGUUUCGCAGAACCCUUUCACCAAGUCUGUGAUCAAAGGCCAGGGUGCAGGCGGUAAUGGUGGCGAUGGCGUCGUCGGAGACGAUGCGUUUUGGGAAGACAUCACAAAUAUUCACAGUAGCAUCAUUGUGAAGCAUAUCGCCGACGACUGGGGGCCGGCCACAAAGUUGCUUGCAGCUCUGCAAGUGGAAAGCGAUCCAAGCACAUGGCUGAUCACAGUGGACGAUGACACAAAGUACCAUGUGGACACAGUUCUUGCGUUAGUCCUGGCGGCGAUGAACCUCCCGUGGAAUAGCUCCCCGGCUUUCUGGUGCGAGGAGGCUUGGGCUGACGGUUACCGAAGUCUGAAGAAGAGGACUAUGAGUCGGGGUGAGGAGGGCACCGUGCAUGGAUGGUGUGGAGGCUUUGCUGGCGUUCUCUUCAAAAGGUUUAUGCUCGGUGACCAUGUCUUCAACUUCAGCCAGGCCCCCAUCGGAUGCCGAUCUCAUGAUGAUGUUUGGUGGGGUGGCCAUCUGCUCAGUGCAGGAAACACUCCCUACUUGAUAGAUCCAGGAUUCUUCUCUGUUGAGUGGUCUCCAACCUCAUCCUCCGAGAGGCAGGCAUUAAGCGUUCAUGUCCUGGACGGCAUGGCUAGAACCUCUGGGAGCGAUCUUCAAAGUCAGUGCGCGUCUUGGUUUGCAGCCCUUCGAGGCGUCCAUCUGGAUUCCUUUGACGACAAUGACGUCUUCAGACAUCCUGAGGCCACCUCUCAGAACGCCCAAGACCUAUCCAUCCUGAAGCAGUUCUUCUCCAGUGCGAAGGGCAUGCGACCAAGCGGAACAUUUGUGGAAUUCGGUGCGCUGGAUGGAAUUGCUCACUCCAAUACCAACUUCUUCGAAGCUGCCUUAGGUUGGUCUGGGGCGCUUGCGGAGCCGUCUCACUACGCCAAUGACCUGAACAAGAACCGACCACGCAGUUUCGCGCUGCAUGGAGCGAUCUGCGGAAAGUCGGGCCUGAGAAAUUUCGUAGACGCAGAUUGGCCCGGCGUCUCCGGCUUUGAGGAUGUACUCGACCCAGGAUUCCUUGAGGACAUGAAGCAAGGCCGUUUAUGGUUCAACUUCACCAUCCAUCAGCUCAAGUGCCACACCCUCCAAGAGUUGCUUGACUUAGCAAAGCUGCGGCAUGUUGACUACAUGUCCGUGGAUACGGAGGGCAGCGAGCUAGAGAUUCUCGACGCCUUCCCCUUCGACCAGUACCAGAUCGACACGAUCCAAGUAGAGUCGAAAUGGAACGAUUGCGUUGUCAUACGAGAUGGAUGGUCGCGUGCCGACGUUUGGAAGUAUUGGUGUUACACGCAAGAAGGUCCACAGAAGCUUAUCCAGCUCAUGACCUCGAAAGGCUACUCGUUGGCAGGGACACAUGUUGUCAGCUUGGGCGAUGGACUCAUCCGAACCAGUAUGCACCAUCUCUGGCGCCCAGUGCACAUAGCAGGAGAAAUUACUGUUGAUCUCUUUUUCCGGCUAGGCUGA